GCGCUUCCACGAGAUCGGUUUUAGAUUGGUCUCGCCUUAGUAAAACCAAUCCGUUUAUUCUCUCCGAUUUUGCUUCCUCGAGCUGCUGUCAUUUCGCUUCUGGAGACAGAAAUGAUCCGACACGGCGCGAGAUUAAUCACAGACGGCGAAUCGAAUGGCAUAAGAGUGAACGAGACGACGUGACGAGGUUUUUGUUUUAUUUUUUCUUAUGAAACGAAAGAAAGACGAAAUAAAGACAUCGAAUGGUUGGUGGAAACCAUGAGGCGUGACACACUGCUGUGGCCCACUGCAGACACAGUAGCAGGGGCAGAUUGAAUGCUACUGAAGUCUCAAGGCUCUGAGCCUUCUGGAGUGCUGCCAUGACCAGUCAGGGAGGCAGCAAUGUGGACACACCCAGCCACCUGCCUUCCUCAUCAUCCACAUUCCUCCGGCCAUCUUCAGGUCCAAAACUACAUGUGCAGCGCUCACUCUCCCGUGAUACAAUCACUAUCCAUUUCUCAACCCAGGGCAAGGAGGAGGAAGAGGAAGAUGAAGAGCUCUACAAGUUGGCUGUGUCCACAUCUGGUUUAGAUAGUGAUGAUCAAGGUGUAGUCACAGCUCUGGAAGCUAGUGAGGAGUUGCUGUUUGAAGGAACAGGACCAAGUUCAGGGAUGUCCCCUGCAUGUUGUGCUAUGACAUCAUCAGUGGUCACCCAUACUCAAAGUUCGGCCUUAGCCAUCCAGCCAGUAUUCACCAGCCUUGGCUCCACCGCAGUUUAUAGCCCUGCUAGCUCUUCCUGGCCCACAGAACACUGGACACAACUCCCUCCACCUGCCACCUACUCUGCCUCUUCCACAUCAUCUCCAGUCAAGUCUUCAGCUGUGCACUCAAAGCCAUUCCUCAGCCUUGUAAGGUCUCUCUCUACUGAAGUGGAGCCUCGUGAAGGUGUCCCUUCUUCAACUGCCUCUCAGCCCAUGCGACACCGACAUCUGAUGAAAAAUCUAGUCAAGUCUUUGUCCACUGACACAGCCCGUUCUGAGCAGGAAACCCCUUCUCACCGACCCUCUGAUUCCCGCCGUAACCUGUACCUUUUCAAACCUUUCACCCAACCUCGUGUCUCCAGCACUGCCAGCGGUGACUCCAAAACAGCACCAUCCUCACCCGUUGCUUCACCCGAUGGUCGUUCUUUCUUCAAGGUACAAGAGGUUGAAGCUCGCAUUGAAGAUACCAGGCGGCGUCUCUCUGAGGUGAUGUAUGAACCGCUACAGCUGCUGAGCAAGAUCAUUGGUGAUGAAGGAGGAAGUUCUGCUGGUGGAGGUAUAGUGACUGGGACAGCAUGGGGGACACAACAUCCCAAAAGUCUCUCAUCGAGUGCAUCAGAGCUCUGUAGUCUUACAGCCCUCAAUGGCCACCUGGAAAGCAAAACUGACUUUUGCAUCAAAGAGGAAGAUGACUUGGAGGGUGACAGUCCAACCGGGGUAGCCACCAAUGUUUCGGUUAUACAUGAGUCACCCUCACUAGGCCUGGACAGGUGCUUUAUGUCGGCCCUGGCUAGGCAAGAAGAUGAAGAGUUCUGCGAGCUAUACAGUGAAGAUUUUGAGUUGUGCACCGACACAGAAGCCGAUGGUGACCCUGGUACCUCAGCUGUCCUCCAGCGGGGUAGCACAGCAUGCAGCGAAGAACCAACUGAGGGGGGUGAGGAGGAGGAGGAGGAGGAGGAGGAAGAGGUGCCUCCUACAGUACCACAUAAUGGACUUAUCCUGCUCAUUUCUGCUGUGUACGGCUACUUUGUUUUGCCGUUACCAUCGUAUAUAGGUGGUGUUUUGCUCGGAGUAGCUGCAGGAUUCAUGCUAGCAAUACUGGUAGUGUGGCUCUCAGCUUCCCGUGGUACUCACUUCAGACGGUGUAAAAGAGAACGCUGGAAUGGGGUACCUUUAGACAUCAAAGAGCCAAUCAUCUAUAAGGGUUGGAUGAACGAGAUUUACAGCUAUGACCCAGAGACGUACCACGCCACACUUACCCAUUCAGUAUAUGUGCGCUUAGAGGGGUCUGUGCUACGUCUCUCCAAACCAAACCGCAAUGUUCCCCGCCGUGCCGCCUUCAACGAGCCCAAACCUGACGUCACGUACAUAAGCCAGAAGAUCUACGAUCUGACCAACAGCAAGAUAUACCUGGUGCCCCACAGCCUGGCAAGAAAACGAGUGUGGAACAAAAAGUAUCCCAUUUGCAUUGAGCUGGUCAGACAGGAUGAUUUCAUGUCGAGGGGGGAUCAGACUGAAGCUGAGGAGGAGAAACCACUUGUUCCAGGUGAAAGGACUGAGGGGGGAAUUGGAAACGAGGAAACCAAACGCUCCACAGACCCUGUUCUGUACCUGUUCGGGAGGACUGGAAGGGAGAAGGAAGAAUGGUUCAGGAGGAUGCUGCUAGCUUCCAGGCUCAAGGCAAAGAUCCAGAAACCCUCUGGCCUGCUUGCAUCUUGCGUCCCCUCUUACAGCAGUGGGAGUAGCCAAGCAGGUGCUUUGUCUCACAGUUGCAGUGGUAGUCAAGGCAGUUUAGAUGACGUGGCACAGUCUAAACCACGGCAGAAAGAAGUCAAACAAAAAGUACUGGACUACAAUGUCUACAUGGCUAAAUACAUCAGCCACUCGUCAGGGAGCCCGAACGCCAGCCCUCUGCACAGUGCCGAUAGCAGUCCAAGGAGUGUAACGAAGUUCCCAGCAGGUCUUGGAACAGAUCCUGAGUCUGAGGCCUGGGUCAAUGCCCUACUGGGCCGUAUCUUCUGGGACUUCCUCAGGGAGAAGUAUUGGGCUGAUAUGGUCUCCAAAAAGAUCCAAAUGAAGCUGAGUAAGAUCCGGCUGCCAUACUUUAUGAACGAGUUGACGCUGACUGAGCUGGACAUGGGCAUGGCUAUUCCCAAGAUUCUUAAGGCCUACAAACCAUCAGUGGACCAUCAAGGUCUGUGGUUUGACUUGGAGAUCUCAUAUACUGGUUCUUUCCUGAUGACCCUGGAGACUAAGAUGAAUUUGGCCAGGCUUGGAAAGGAGGGAGAGAGCUUUGGAGAACAAGGAAAAGAGGGACCACGUACAUACUGCCUGGCUGACAGCGAUGAGGAGUCAUCCAGUGCUGGAUCAUCUGAUGAGGAAGAUCCAGCAGAAGUACCUGAAAUGCCCGGGACAGAAGGUUUCGUUGGAGGACACCGGCCGAGCAAGAUCAUGCGCUUUGUUGACAAGAUUGCAAAGUCCAAGUAUUUCCAGAAGGCCACGGAGACAGAGUUCAUAAAGAAGAAAAUGGAAGAGAUGUCUAACACUCCUCUUCUCCUCACAGUAGAGGUGCAAGAGUGCCAUGGCACACUGGCCAUCAACAUUCCACCACCUCCUACAGACAGAAUAUGGUAUGGUUUCAGAAGACCUCCUCACCUAGAGCUGAAAGCCCGACCUAAACUUGGUGAGCGGGAGGUCACGUUUGCGCAUGUAACUGACUGGAUUGAGAAAAAACUGGAUCAGGAGUUUCAGAAAAUAUUCGUCAUGCCAAAUAUGGACGACGUUUGGUUACCCAUCAUGCACUCAGCCAUGGACACACGGUCCAGCGUGAACUUAGCUACUGUGACAGCCGAUGCCUUGAAAGAUGCGGCUCUCUCGGACCUUGAACAAACUGCGGAUGACUUUUGAACACUGAUAAAAAAAUGUUGUAUGAGACAACCAAGGGCACUUGUUCUAUUAUGUUCUUAGAUGAAGGUUAGUUGGAAACAUGAGUGUGUCUAAAUGCCUAGCGGUAGACUAAAGCAUUUCUAUUAGACCUUGGACUGAUUGAAGUUCUGCUGAAUAAUGCUUUACAAGCAGAGGCAGUUCUGGCAGUGAUGAAUAAAUUUUUGGUCAUUAAAACAUACAUCCUUGGAUUAAAGUCAGCUAUGGCUACAGCAAACAUCUGGGUUGGAGACCCCUUAUACAUUCACUGACCAUUUUAUUAGGAACACCUGCUUGUAUAGGCAACCAUUCAAUUAGCCAAUUAUGAGGCAGCAGCACAAUGCAUAAAAUACUGCAUAACAUCAUGCAGAGACAGAUCAAAUCGGACUGGAGAAGAAUGUGAUCUCUGUAACUGUGGCGUUGUCUUUGGUGCCAGACAGACUAAGUCGUGUAUUUCAGUAUUUACUCUUGGGAUUUUCACAAACAGACCAGUCCCCAAAGAUUACACAAAUUGUUGUAAAAAAGAAAUAAAAGGCUUGUUGUUCAGAGAAGUCUGAGUGUAAUAAUCAGACUGGUUUAAGCCGUUCGGGGACUACUGCAGUAAAAAUAACCCCUUUUUCCAACCGUGAUGAGCCGAAAAGCAUCUCGGAAUUCACCUGUUGGUGGAUGAGUACAGGAACAGAAGACCACACUGCGACACUUUUCUCAGAAAAGAACUGAAACUGUUUUUGUUCAGUUUUGGUUAACCGAAUCUCUUCAUCUGGAUGCUUUUUUGUGUUGUGCUGCUGCCACACGAUUGGUCGAUGGUAUAACUUUUAAAUAAGCUGUCAGAUGAGUGUAUUUGUUUGCACCUACUUUUGUGUGAUAGAUACAGAUGGUCUCUGGUAUGUCCGAAGCUUUUUACCUCAUUCCUUUGCAAGCCGUUGUGGAAGGACAACCAAGAUAUACUCAUGCCACUCUUUUCAAAUAGUGUCCCUUGCUAGUGGCUUUUGAUAUGAUGGUCCUGAGUGUGUGCCACUUUCAGCAUUCUUUUAAAUAAUGUAAACUACUGAGAGUAUGUUGGUGGAUUGUUGUGUAUACCAUUAUUAUUAAUUGCUUUGUGCAAAUGUGCUUUCUCAAGGAAACCAAUACCAUAUAGACGCCAACCUUUACAACUUUGCUGCCUGAGUCAUCUGUGUCUAUACGAUUAUGCAAUUAGAUCAAUUUCACUGUGUUCAAGGACACCAGCUAAUACCCCAUCUGCCCCAGCAGUGGCACUACCCGAGCUGGCUAAUUGAUUACAUACAAACAAGGCGCUUUCUCUCGAGUUCGACUUCUUCAAUUAAUCCUUUCUGGAACUGGCUGAAAAACGAACUACGCACUACUGUCUUUGAUAUGGACUUGUAUGCCAUUGUGCAAUAUGGAGAAGCCAUUUGAAUGUAUAAAUCAUUAUCUGAUCGUCGCAGCUUAUGGGUUUUGUUAUGGAUGAUGUGAUUUCAAGAUUUGCAAAUAUUUAAAAUUUGUUUUUCAAUGUUGUGUCAGUUUGUGUUGACAAACAAAUGUGUUGUUUUAUCCAGAUUGUAGUUGUAACUAUGCUUUUAAUGAUGUGAUUGAACAUGCAGACCAGGGCUGCUCAGUCUUACCUGCACACAGCUAGAAUGGCUGCAAGUUCUCAUUCCAACUAAGCUCAAGCCACACCUCAUUCCACUUAUUUAAGCUGUUGAUCUUUACUUAAUGAUUAGGUGUGGCUCCUAUUUGGGAGGCUUGAAAGCCUGCAGCCACAUCAGCCAUUUGUAGAAACUAUGAAAAUAUGAUUGAUUUUCAAGUCCAGUCCCAGGGGGCUUCAAACAACAGAUCUCAUGGUGGUUUAUCUUCUCACCCACCUUUAUUACAAUCCACAAUUACAUUUUACUUUUAUAAAGCAGAAAUCAGGACCUUCAGGACACUGAACAUCUUGGACUGGACUUAUAUGAACUAUAUUUGAGAUCGUCCACUACCCCUAGGCACAGUGAUUACCAAAAAUUCCACCCAAGUUCGCAUCAAUAUAAUUACAGAAAGCUUGUAGAGAUCAGCUACCAGCACCCAGUGUUGGGAAACAAAAAUAAAGACAAAUCCUUUAUCCACAAAAGCACCACCACAAAAAUGAACCUAACAGGACUGGUCUUUAAAGUUAUGGUCACAUCAGUGUUUGUUGUUUUCCUUAAUGCUCUUCAAAAUGCAUUAAACGUGUCAAAGAACUGUCUAUUUAUGCUAACAAACACCUACAACAUUUCCGUGCUAUUGUUUGUAAAAAAAAAAUCCAGGCCAAUGUUAGAUGUGUGCUUCUCUAUGCCAAACCCAAUCGUACUCUUUUGCACAUUAUGAAAGCAAUUGCUGUUUUAAGUGCUUGUGUUCGACCAUUCUGUGACAAUGGUAAUGUGUGGGGGUGUAUAAAUGCUUUUGGUAAAAUUA